CUGAGCGGCUGUUAGCGUAGUUAGCUACGUUAGAUAAACAACUGGUUGUCCAGCCCGUGUGUUCCAUCAUCUCGGCUGGGCUUUGCCAAAUCUGAAUUCUAUUUUUACAGCAGUAUGGUUAAUCCGUGCUACUAACCAUGGGUGUCAGCGUUUCGUGUCUUAUUUAGUGCAGUUGACGUUAGCUAAGUCACUUGGUGAGCUAGCUCUAAUGUAUGCCAAUCUAAAACAGGUUAGCUAGCUAGCUCAGUUGCUAGCUUUGUAGCUAGCUCGCUCGCCUUGGCGAGGUGGAGACCAAGAACGGGGAGAUGCGAGCAAAGUGAGGGUGGCCUUGAAUGACUAAAUGAGCAAGAUAGGCAAGUGCAAAGAAGUCUGGGAGUUUCAUCAUGAAGUUGUAUGUGUUCCAGGUCAACAAUGGCAGCACAUUGACAUUUGACACUGAUCUUGCUGUGCAGACUGUACUGGAGCUUAAACAUGCAAUCCAAGCCAAGUAUAAGAUUGCAAUUCAACAUCAAGUCCUUGUUGUCAAUGGAGGGGAAUGUAUGGCUGCAGAGAGACGAGUCUGCAGCUACAGUGCAGGCACUGAAACCAACCCCAUAUUCCUGUUCAACAAAGAGAUGAUCUUGUGUGACCGGGAUCCAACGAUCCCCAAAACCACCUUCUCGAUUGAGAGUGAGAUUCAGGUCAAGGUGGAGGAGUCUCUACUGAUGCCAGCUGUUUUUCACACUGUUGCCUCACGAACACAACUUGCUCUGGAAAUGUUUGAAGUUGCCAAGAAACUUUGCUCUUUCUGUGAACGUUUGGUUCAUGACGAACACCUUCAGCAUCAAGGCUGGGCUGCUAUCAUGGCUAAUCUGGACGACUGCACUCUGUCUUAUCAGAAGUUGCUUAUGAAAUUUGACACUUCAUACUCAAAUUAUCAACAUGACUUGGAAGAAAUCAAGGUGAAACUUACAAAGUUAGGGACAGCGGUUUCUGUAAUGGCUAGGAUACCCCUGCUGGAAAGUUUGACAAGACACAGUUACAGAGAGAGCAUGGAGAAGUCCACUUCAACCCCAGGGAAGGAUUCAGAUGAGACGGAAGGAGAAAAGUCCACCGAGUCUGCGCGCUUCACAGCCGAGGCAAAGAGGCCCUCCAAGUUAUCAGCAUCCUUCUCUGUCUCGGGAGCGGCCACAAGUGGUGACCAGGAAACAAAUGAAAUGACUGACAGUGGUGGACUGAGAGCUGCGCUAUUAGAUGAUGAUGAUGACGACGACGAUGACACUCCCUACUUUGCAAACCUGUCCUCCUUCAAUGUCACACUAUUAGACUGGAUCAACGUGCAAGACCGACCCAAUGAUGUGGAAUCGGUUGUGAGAAAAUGCUUUGACUCUAUCAAUAGGCUUGACCCACGGCUCAUUCAACCCUUCCUGGCAGAUUGUCGUGACACAAUUGCCAAGUUAGAUAAUCAAAACAUGAAAGCCAUCAAGGGGCUUGAGGACCGGUUGUACGCUUUGGACCAAAUGAUUGCAAGCUGUAAGAAGUUGGUGAAUGAACAGAAAGAACUUGCUCAGGGAUUUUUGGCCAAUCAGAAGCGGGCUGAAAACCUGAAGGAUACAUCUGUUUUGCCUGACUUGUGUCUGAGUCACACCAACCAGCUGAUGAUCAUGCUGAACAACCACAGGAAGCUGCUCGACAUCAAAAAGAAGUGCACUACUGCCAAACAAGAACUAGCAAACAACCUUCAAGUCAGACUCAAAUGGUGCUGCUACGUGAUGCUUCAUGCAGACCAGGACAGCGAGAAGCUUCAGGCUCUACUCAGACUUCUGACAGAGCUGAUCGAAAGAGUGAGAGUAGUCGAGGCCCUCAGUACUGUGCCCCAGAUGUACUGCUUGGCGGUGGUGGAAGUCGUCAGGAGAAAAAUGUUUAUGCGCCACUACAGAGAGUGGGCUUAUGCACUCGUGAAGGAUGGGAAACAACUGUACGAGGCAGAGAAAUUCAAAAGGGAAUCGUUUGGGAAACUCUUUAGGAAGUCUUUCCUCAGAAAUCGUUUGUUCAGAGGACUCGAUUCCUGGCCUCCAACAUCCUUCUGUACACGAAAGCCAAGAAGGUUUGACGAUGAACUUCCAGACAUCUCACUCGAGGACCUGCAGUACUUGAAAUCUUGUUGUCCUCUAGAGGUGCAGCCUUUCCUUAUGCUUCCUACACUGUGUGACUUUGAGCCCUUAAAUCACCACGUAGAGACGCUUCACCAGCUGGUCCAAGCAGCACAGAGUGUGGAUGAGAUGUCCAAAACUAUUACUGACCUGUUAAGCGAGCAGAGGUCCUCCUGUUGUUACAGUGCCCACAGAUCAACCGUACUGACCCCACAGGCUGACAGUAUACCUGGGAGCUCCACACCAGUCUCACCCAAAACCCCCGCCUCCCUUGGCCUUCAGGGAGCCAGCUGCCAACCCCUACACGUUCCUGUCCCGGCUCCUCUAGAGGACCUGUCCCCAGACAGCAUCGAUGCACAAACAUUUGACUUUGAAACCAUCGGGCAUCCGAACAUGGAUCCCGUCCUGCAGCAGGGCUCGCUCGACCUGGAUUCUCUAGCGGAGAGCCCUGAAUCUGACUUCAUGUCUGCUGUCAAUGAGUUUGUGAUUGAAGAGAACUUGACCUCCCCGAACCCUAUCAGUGACCCCACCAGCCCUGACAUGAUGGUAGAGUCUCUGUACUCUUCAGUGAUCAAUGCCAUUGACAUUAAGCGAAUGCAGGAUACCACAACGCUAGAAAGAGAGAAUUUGAGAAUCACUGUCCUCAAACAAGUUAUUGACAAGUACCAGUCUGCUGCAGAGGAGUCCCAUUCCAACUUAAGAAGUGUAAAGGACGACCUCUAUCACUUACGAGGUCUAGUAUUAAAAGAACAUCAUGACUUUAGCUUUGUCCUGAGGAAUACGACCACAGAAGUGCGCAACAUCGUGGACAACUUCUGCCAGACCCAUGAACUGAAGUUGAAGGAGCAGCAUCAAAGUGAGCUUCUGUCUGUUCGGCAAGACCUUGAGAAGCAGGUUCAGACACUAAUGGAGGAAAAUCAAGUAAACCAGAAUAUUGUCAGAGACGUCCAGCGUGCUAUGCUCGAGCUCGAGGGGCUUAUGGAGCGCAAAGAGAAAGAACUCACUCAGCUCGAGAAUGAGCGAGAGAGAUGGGUUGAAACCGAGAGCGGCCUGACGGAGAGGAUCAAAAACCUGGAGCAGACCAUCAGUGAGCUAGCUGAAGAGAUCAAGACGCUCUCAGCUGCAAGAGACUCCCUGAGCAGCCAACUCGAGAGUCUGCAUUUUGAGAUUGAACGUGGCCAGCAGAAGAUUCGACAGGAGUUGGAAGUUGUUGAGCAAUCUCACUUGAAGGAGCUUGAGGUCAGAAUGACGCUGGAGCACAAGGUAGAACUGGAGACUGUCUCCAAGGAGAAUCAGGAGGCUCUGGAACAUCUGGCUGCUGAAAACAGUACGAAGUUAAGUGAGGCCAGUGAUCAGCAUGCCACUGCUGUCAGAGAGAAGGACAACCAAAUCAAGGACUUGGAGGCACGUAUUACUGAGCUCGCAGAACUCCGCUGCAAACUAGAGGUGGAGCUAGCCCUCAAAGAGUCGGAGACGGAGCAGGUGAGGCUCUUAUUUGAUGAGGCCAAGGUUCAACAGGCUGAGGCUGUGAAGUCUCAGGUAGAGGCCGAGACCAAAGUCCUCGACGAAGAGCUGGCAGACAUCAAAAAACAGCUUCAGCUUAAAAAUGAGGAGUACGAACUGGACCUAGCAGAGCUGAGGAGCCUCAUGAGCAUUGAGAAGGACCACUGCAUCUCAGAGCUGGUGGACAGACACGAGGAGGAAACUAUUUUGUUGCGCAGCGAGCUCUCCUCCAUGCAGCAGCAAGUCCAGGAUGCUGAGAAGAACCACAUUGAGCAGCAACAGAAACUGAAGCAGGAAUUAGACCAGCAGGUGGCUCUGAAUGAGGAGAGAGAAAAGCAGUUCAGUAAUUUCCAAGAACUGGAGCAAGAGCUGAGGACUGCUGUCAACAAUUUGCAGGCAGAAAAUGAUCUGCUCUCAAACAAACUGGAGCAGGACAGACAAGCGUUUGAGAAAGACCUGGAAAAACAAGAGUCCACCAAGGUCGCAUCACCAGACGCCUUAAAAGAGUUGGAGCUGCAGAAGGAGGAGACGGAGAAGAGACUGUCAGAGAAAAUCAAACAACUUGAGAGUGAGCUUCACGAGAGACAGUCUUCAAAAAGUGACGACGGGUUGUCGCUGCACGUCCAGGCGAGCGCAGACUCCGGAGCACCUCUGUCUCUGGACUCGGCACUACAGGAGCGGCUGCAGCAGGAGAGGGCCUCGCUGCAGUCGCAGAUGGAGCUCCUGGAGAAGAGGAAGAACGAGGAGAUGCAGAACCUCAAGACGUCACUCAUCGCAGAGCAGCAGACUAAUUUCAACACUGUUCUAACCCGAGAGAAGCUGAAGAAGGAGCAGAUCAUCAACGAGCUCACGGAGAAGCUGCGGACAGUUACCCAACAGCAGGACAAGGACAAAGGUCUGAUAGAGACGCUCUCUGAGGACCGGGCUAGUGUCAUGCAGGAGAAGAAACACUUGGAAGAGGAGCUAAAUCGCCUGCGCAGCACUGCACUGGUCUCCUCUGCCUUCUUCACUCCUAACCCGUCGGCUCACGAGGUCACGGAGUCCGGAGCAGGAGCAGCAGCAGCAUCAGCCAGAGCUCUGCCUGCAGCUGGGGCCUGUUCCUCUGAGCCCAUGACCGAAGCUGACAGACUGGCCUCUGUGGCAGCCAUAAGAGACGACGAACAAGUCGACUCAGCAGUGGAAGCAAGCAUGGUGACAGUCCAUGAUAAUAUCCUGAUGUCAGAGGAGAAACAGCGGAUAAUCAUACUUGAGAGGACUUUACACAUGAAGGAAGAGGAAAACAAGCGCCUCAGUCAAAGAUUGAUGUCUCAGAGCAUGUCGUCCGUGUCGUCACGGCAUUCGGACAAAAUCGCCAUCAGAGACUUCCAGGUAGGCGAUUUGGUUCUGAUCAUCCUUGAUGAAAGACAUGACAACUACGUGCUGUUCACAGUCGGUCCCACCCUCUACUUCCUCCACUCGGAGUCGCUCACUGCGCUGGACCUCAAACCAGCAUCAGGGACUUCAAGGCGGCCGUGGGUUCUUGGAAAAGUGAUGGAGAAGGAAUAUUGCCAGGCAAAAAAGGCCCAGAACCGGUUCAAGGUUCCCUUAGGAACCAAGUUCUACAGAGUGAAAGCUGUUCCAUGGAACAGAAAAGUAUAAUAGCUGGAGUAAUGCGCUCAAAUGUAUAUUUAUAUUGCUUAAUUUUUGAUCAGAAUCUUUUCGUCAUAAUUCAUAACCUGAAAACUGAGAGACCUUAAAAAUGGACAGAAUUAAGAGCGUCGUCAUACCAUUUUUAGUUUCAGUUCAAAAUCCCAACUGCUACCACAUUUUGUUUGUUUUCUUUUAAACCCAGAUUUGUUAUUGUGGACCAAAUGCUAUUAACAUUAUUAGGGCAUCGCCCUAUACACUGUGGCACAACGCCAUCUGACCUGUGUGAAAUUGAUAAAGAUUUGGAUGUUAAAUAUUAGUUCUCAUUAUCAGCAUUUGUCCUUUUGUGGAAAAUAAUGUCUCAUUAUCAACAUAAUUAAAUGAAAAUAUACAUUUAUUAUAAAUGUUUAUGGAGGAAUGUUCAUGGCAUGCAUAUUGAUAUAUUUUCUUUGAUUUACUUAUCCAGAUAAAUGUUGUAGUUGGAAAUGUAGUUAAUGCUGUUUGUUACUCACAAAGCAGUAUGGCCCUCUGUCAGUACUGAGAUGUACAUUAUGGCCGGCUGAUGAAAACAGUCGGCUUUGCAAUCCUUGAAAUGCACUUUCAAAAAAACAAUGCUUUUGUUGAAUUGAAAAGGGAAGUAAUUGAGCUGUCAGAACUAAGUAAAUAUAUCAGCACAAACUUCUCACCAUCAUAGAAUAUUGAUAUGUAGAAAGGACUACUCUGUGACUGUGUUUCAUUAUCGGGAGACAUUGUACAUUACCCAUCAAAUCACACAUGUAACAAUAAAUCACUGUAUUGUAAAAGAUAGAGUUUUGAAACAAUAAAGGAUUGAUCCCAAACAUA